AUGACUGGCAUUGAGCAAUCUUCGGUAUGGGUUAUAAAAAACUUGUGAAAGCCUCUUUCAAUUUGUCAGCUGAAAAUCAGGAUUUUGGAUACUGUUUUUAUUGAUCCUGAAGAGCUUUCUGGAUAUCGAUGAAUUUAUACAGAUGAGAAUUAUAAUGUAUAUUGGCCUAAAUUGAUAACAAUAAAAUUAAUGAUUAUUAAUUCUUUAUAAAAUAUGCGCAAUUUAUGCAAUUAAUUGUUUUUAUCUGGAAUAGUUAAAAAAGCUACAGAAGAGGCAAGUAGAGAAUUAAUUGUGCAGCAUUUUUUAUCUCCUUAUGAUUUUCCUAAUGAAAAUGAUCCACUUUUAGAAGAGCUAACGGUUGGCCACCUUAUUAAUGAAAGCUCAUAUUUGCCUUUAACGAAAACUUAUCUAAUCACAACUAUUCUUGAGCAGUUAAUUAGCUGGCCAAAUGCCAUUCAAAUGUGAAUCCCAACCUUAGGUGACUCAGAACAUAAAAUUUGUGUAAAAAUAAAAUUGGAAUCCGGUAGAUACAUAAAGAGAUUUGUCAAAAAAGAUAAAACUGGCAAAAAAAUCAAUUUGACUGCUAAAAAUUUAUGUAAUGAGUUAGAUACAUCCUCAGACAGUAUAAUGAAAGCAUUGCAUAGGAAUACUUCUUAUCGGAUCAAAAAGACUGAAUUUUUAUUUAUUUUGGACAAAACAAGAUCUCUAUGAUUUAUGGGGACACGAAAAUGCAAAGUCUAUGAAAUCCCAAGCUCGUUAAAGCCUUCAUUAAUAUUAGAAAGAUCCCCAUCUGUAAUGAAAAGGCUACCUGUCAGCAAGAGCACAACACAGAUUUUGAGAAGUAAAUCUGUGUCAAAAAAGAUAUGUCAAGGUGAUUUUUGUAAUUAUAACUUGAAAGGAAAAUAUGACCAGACUGAUCCUGAAGUAAAUUAUGAUGAAAUUGUAAAAAAUAUUUAGCUUAAAACAAUAAGACUAGCUUAUACGUGGGAUGGGAAAAAUGAAGCAAAUAAAGUCCGCUUAGGCAUAGCAGGAGAUUACCUGCAAAAAGAAAGAAGACGGUUUUUGCCAAAAUUGGUUUUAUAUGAAAUGCCGCUUUAUAUUAUAUAUCUUGGGCAGUCAAUAUUAUCCAGGCUAAAAUUUUUGCCGAUUAAUGGCCAAAUCCAAGAUCUAGAGGUAGAAAGCUUUUUAUCUAAAAAAUCUCUUAAAAAGACUAUUAAAAAUCUUGGUUUUGACUCUUGCAUGAGUUCUCAGCUGCAUGGCCAAAAGAUGUAUGAAAAUGUAAAAGUCUGUGAGAGAUGCUAUGAUAUUUAUAAUGUCAUUAGACAUUACAAGCACAAGCUUAACUCUCCAGACCCAAGGCAAGCAAAAACUCAAUUAAUUUCUACUCGCCCAUCUUUAUCAAACUUCAAAACCAGUGACAAAAUGUACAGUUCCACUCUCGGAAAAAUUAACACUGAUAAUAUCAACGACCUUCUUAUUGAUAUGAACGCCGCUUUAAUAGAAAAAGACAACGAAAUUUCGUUAAAAGCAAAAAAAGACUUAACUCUGAUGCUAAGCUCCAGGACUGAAUAUAGCAGACAAAAAUCAGCCAGCAAAAUACAGAAAAAACAAAGCGUAGAAUCCUCAACAGUGGAAAUGGAAUCAAAAGACAAUAAACUUGAAUCUGUCAUAGCAGUCAGAUUUUUCCCUAAUGAAAAAAAUAAAGUAAAAUUCAAGGAUAAAGAAGAAUUAGCACAAAAAUCGUAUAGAAAUUAUUUAGAAAGGCUAAAAGCUGGGAAAAUUUCUAGGCCAAGAUUGAUAAUAUAA